GUUCAGCAUAUACUCAUAUCCUCUUUUAUUAGUAUGUUAGCAAAGAGUCGGGUCUGCCUUACAGGGACCGGUGGUGGCCUAGUGUCUUUAAUUGCUUGCCCCGAUUUGCAACAUCCCAAUCUGCCCGUUUAAAAGCUUCAUUGCGCCUUUUGCCCUUAAGGGCGCAACAUCUCUUUAGCCAACCGGCAUCAAUUCGCAUCAUGGCGCCCCCUGUUCGAGCUGAAGUGGUCCUUGUAUCACUUAAGAACUGCUUGGUCAACCUGCCGCCGGGCCUGAUUGCCUUGAUCAGCAAUACCAAUAUUCCGGCCCAAAAUGUCGUUGUCGAGCUACAAUAUCGGUCCCAGACGUUGUCUUCCAGUGCCAUAUCCAGUGGGAACAGUGCAGGCUUCCAACGCUCUGCCUAUGUGGGAUGGACCGGCAUGCCUAGUCGGACCCGACCGGCCUCUGUCAUCAACACGGAUCGAGCGCGUUCAGGCAGAGAACAAGAAACCCAAACGGUCGAGAUAGACGCAACAUUCGGCAAAGUACUUGGUCUUUCGGAAGGCCAGAAAAUCGGCAUCCUAAUACAUCUGGACCCACCCCUCGCCCAUAGUAUCAACAUCGAGCCUCUUACGCCGGCUGACUGGGAGGUCAUUGAAUUGCAUGCCACUUUCUUGGAGCUGAAUCUUCUAUCUCAGAUUCGUGCGGUACCCAAUCCCUCCUUCAACAUCAAAGGAGCUGUUCAAUCCGAGCACACCCACCCACUCACUCUGCACCUGUCACCAACCUCAACAGCGAAUAUCAUCGUCACGUCUCUGGUUCCUCCCCUCAGAAGUACGACACCUUUUGCCAAAAUCGCUCCGGAUGCUGAAGUCAUUGUUGCCCCUAAAACUCGGCCAAAAUCUAGUCGAAGUACUAGAGAAGACUCAAGGAGUGUUGCAAGCAGACGCAGUGGCAAAAGUGGCGUCAGUACCGCUCGGACUUCGGGUUCCAAGAGAGGUCCUGCUAGAUCCGCAGUCUUCAUGCGUUCAAUCGAUCGAGCUUGCGCAAAUGUAUAUUUUGACGAGGCGUCGGAAUCCUCGCCCAACGACAGACUCUGCAUCUGGCUUGCGAAUGAUGUGCUUAAUUCCGACGCUCUGAAGGCUACGGCUUGGGCAAAUAUCACGAUCGUGAAACCUGCGGGCCUACGUGCACAGCUGGACUCAGCCCAGGUCAAUCAAUUGAAGGAAGAGGAAAAUAGCGAAGUUGGACGACCGGCAUCCAAGAUCGUGGCCCAGGUGCUCCCGUGGCCUAGUCCUCUUGACGACCAGCACGUCGUCUUGUCAACAUCUCUAUGCAAAAUGCUCGGAGCAGAAGGCCUUGUCGGACUAAUUGUCCGCAUCGAAGCGGCUGGAAUGCCACUUCCACGCUAUUCUAUCCCGAAAUUCCAGUUCUAUCCAUUCCUGCCGCUGAACUCGACGAAGAAAGAUGGACUCAAAUUUGGUGGUGACACCAAAGCCGCAAAACAAGCGAUAGCUGAAAAGCUGCGAUUAACGUUCAACGGCGAUGAGGGCCUCCUGUCCGGUCCGAUCACGGAUGGCAUGAUCCUACCAUCGACUGGGGAGCCUUCUUCCGCAUCAUCAUUCGAUGGUGGGAUCCUAAGAUUUCGUGCUCCCUCUGGUCAUGACGAUGACCGAGGCAAUUCCAGCUUAUGGGUACUCGGACAGGAACAAGACCAAGAAUUUGACGUCAAAGACGAAGUCCCUCGACCUAUGGAAUUGGCAACCAUGUUCCCGAGCUUUGCUCACAGAAUACCGGCGGACAUUCCCAACCUAGUUGGCGUCGACGGGAUCCUCAGGCAAUCCAUGUCUAAUCUGACAUUAUGCUCAUCAGUCCUUCUAACGGGUGGGAUCGGAUCAGGGAAGACUUCACUUGCUCAAUCUAUCGGCCAGCGACUACGAGAAGACUACGUGUUUAACGUAACGUACUUCCCAUGUCAAAAGCUGGUCACGGAUGAAACGAGAGUAUCAACAGUCAAGGAAACCUUGACUCGACUCUUUAUGUCGGCCUCAUGGUGCGCAAGGCUAGGCGGACAAUCAGUGGUCAUCCUGGACGACUUGGACAAGAUUUGUCCCGUGGAAACAGAAUUGCAAGUCGGCAAUGACAAUGGUCGCAGUCGUCAGAUCACCGAGAUCCUUUGCGCCGUGGUCCGCGAGUAUUGCAGUAUCCACUCUGGGGUCGCCCUUCUGGCAACGGCACAGUCCAAGGACGCCCUGAACAACAUCAUCAUUGGAGGUCAUAUUGUGGGGGAUAUUAUCUCCAUCAAGGCUCCCACGAAAGAAGUCCGGCGCGACAUAUUAUACUCUCUAACUGGCGACGAAUCCCAAUCCAAGAACGGUCACGCACGAAAUCAAAGCGACACCAGCAUGUCGGAAAGUUCGUGGAUGGACCCGUCAGGUUCUUCUUCUCGCCCUGCCUCCUCAUCUUCAUCUCGACUCGAGGCCUUCCGUGUCGCCCCGAACCUAGAUCUUCUCGAUGUCGCCGGCAAGACCGAUGGCUACAUGCCGGCCGAUCUUGCAUUACUCGUGUCGAGAGCAAGGACGGAAUCGCUGACACGUAUAAUCACACAGAACGACAACUCCGAUGGCCCUCCGACGUUGACGAAGGCCGACUUCGAUGCCGCCUUGAAGAAUUUCACGCCAUCCUCUCUCCGCAAUGUCACCCUGACCCACUCGAGCACCACGUUCUCCUCCAUUGGAGGCCUACAUUCCACGCGAAACACCCUCCUCGAAACACUCCUCUACCCCACCAAAUACGCACCCAUCUUCACCCGCUCUCCGCUUCGCCUCCGAUCCGGCCUGCUCCUCUACGGCUAUCCGGGCUGCGGCAAGACGCUCCUUGCGUCCGCAGUCGCGGGCGAGUGCAACUUGAACUUCAUAUCCGUUAAGGGCCCCGAGAUUCUCAACAAGUACAUCGGCGCGUCCGAGAAAUCUGUCCGUGACCUCUUCGAGCGGGCCCAAGCUGCCAAACCUUGCGUCCUGUUCUUCGACGAGUUCGACAGCAUCGCGCCCAAGCGUGGCCACGACAGCACUGGCGUGACGGACCGCGUGGUCAACCAGAUGCUCACGCAGAUGGACGGCGCCGAGGGUCUAGAAGGCGUGUACGUCCUCGCUGCCACGUCGCGACCUGAUUUGAUCGACCCGGCGCUCCUCCGCCCAGGCCGUCUCGAUAAGAGUCUGCUGUGCGACAUGCCGGACAUGAACGACCGUCUGGACAUUCUCGGCGCGGUCAGUACGAACCUCCACCUCACGCCCGAGGUGGAGAACCGCCUGCUCAGCGUCGCGCAACGCACAGAGGGAUUCAGCGGCGCCGAUCUGCAGGCGUUGAUGUACAACGCACAUCUCGAAGCGAUCCACGAUUUACUUGGCGACACAAAGUCCGCGGACAAAGAGAAAGGCAAAGGCCUCGCGAACGGCACGAAAGAAAGCGCGAGCGGACGUCGUCGCAAGCGCCCUGGAACCGAGAAGCACGACUUCAUUGAGUUCCUCUUCGACCCCGAGGAAGAUGCGCGCGCGAAGAAACUUCUCACGUCGUCGUCCAUGGACUCCAAGGCCGCGAUUGCCGCAAAGUUGGAUGAACUGAAGCUCACGAGGAAGCGGGAGAAGGCGGCGUUGAGGAAUAGUUAUGCCCGAAGUACAAGUACUCAUGGCUCGUCGUUUUAUGCCCACACCGAGAACGGCGCUGGCGAGAGCAAGGACGAAGACAACCACGGCAAAGUGGAAGUCGUCAUCGAGUGGAGACAUAUGGAGAAGUCGCUGGCCACGACGAGGAGUUCGAUAUCGCCCGACGAGAGGAGGCGGCUCUCUGCGAUUUAUCGUGAAUUUGUGGUGGGAAGGAAUGGCGAGAUGCCGAAUGGUCAGGGUGGGAGUGAGAUCGGAGGGAGGACGAGUUUGAUGUAGGUUUGUAGAUAGGUCGAAGAUCAGAGUGGAAUAUAUUGGUGGCAAUGCUCUGUUCGCUGUUAGGUUAAGAGCGCCGGGUCUGACACAAAGUAUCUGUGGACGAGGAGGCAUAGUACGCGAUUACAGCGUUGGACAGAGAAGCACGUCUGUUCCUCAA